AUGUCUUCCUUCUCCGAAAGUCAUGUGCCGGGCUCUGAUUUCCUCCCGCCCGACUCUGCGCAGGUACCCAAAUCAUUGUUUGGCGGGCCAAGCAGCGAUGUUGAUCUGCAACCCUCUUCGCAACCAGAGCGAUCAAGACCUUCUCUAGCUAGGAGUCACUCUGCGAAAUAUGUCCCAUUAGGUCCCAUACAUGAGUCCGAUAUCAUGGAUGAAGCCCCGGACGAGGUCGAAGAAGAUCAUGACAUACUCCUAAACGACCGACCACUGACGUCUGAUUACGAUUCCAAUGAUGAGAACGUUCGGAGCAGCCCGCGUCGGGGUCGAAGCACCUCAAGACGCAAUCUGAGCUCUCAAAUCAUGCAGUCUAGUCCACCUGCUGCAGUCGGCGCGACUUCACCAAAGCCGGCGCCAGAGCCGAUCCGUUACGUGGUUGACCGGGGCUUGGACCUACCACCGGGAACAGAGCGGCCAAACCUAUUCCAGGGCGCCGCAAGCACAUGGCGAAGAUACAAUGCUGAUGACAUCGGCGCAUGCACCGCCUUGAUAACUGAACGGUCAAGAGAUCUUGGGGCUCACCUGUACAAUGCGCACAUGGUUCGCAGACGAUUGCGCGACUCUCACCAAAAGCACCCAGAGACCAAUGAAGAGAGCACAAUCGAGUUGCCCAAGCGUUGGACUGCAUGGCCUAUGCCUGCGUCUCAAGUUCCACGUCUGGGCGAAUUACUUCACAACCGCAUGGACCAAAAUGGGUCUAUUCGUAUGGCACCAGACCCUCGACCCAGCGCGGACCUUGAAGAAUCUAUCACGGCGUUCAUUCUCGGGGCUGCCAAAAACAAAUAUCGAGCCCGAGAAUGGGAUUACGAGGAUGUUAAAAGUGACUUGGACAAGAGAAUCGGUGACAAGGAUGACAUGAUGGCCGAGGAACUUGAGAAAAAGGAGUAUGGAAGGCCGCUGAGCACAAUCGUCCUGCGACCAACUAUUCAAGCAGAUGACGGCAAAUCAGCGAAGCAACUCCGUCCGCUAGCGCGCAAUGUCAUUACCCAAAUAGACAAGCUGCUAUACGGCCUUCAUUGCGCUAUGAAAGGUCGAAAAUUCGAGGAGGGAUCCGAGCACGAUGAAAGAACAGACGACGAGAUAUCCGACGAGGAGUUUUACGACUGGGAUUCCGAUGAGGAUGACGGCGACGACGAUGGCGACGACAGCAACGAACGUCCACAGGAGAGAACCGAUGAGAGUAGAAGUCGAUCCCGUGGUCGGAAACCCACGCAGGACGGCUCCUUUCUACAUCAACAGUCCGUCGAAGAAAUGAUCGCACAAGCAAUGAGAGGACCAAAUCAACCAACUCAGGAAGAAGAGGUUCCACCAGAUUUAUCUCCAGCACGAAGUCAAUCCCCCGAGUCUGUCGAGAGCCAGGAGGACCAGCAAAACAAAUCGGGCAGAAUGCAAUUGCGCGACUGGAGUGAGGUUUUGGGUCUAGCAUCAAUGAUGGACCUGCCAUCGGCAGCCGUGAUGCGUGCCUCGAAGCGCUGCGCUGAUCUCUUCGGCGAGGAUAUGGAAUUCCACACAAUGGCUGAAGGUCGCGUGAAAAAGAAGCGCAACAACAAUGGCCAGUGGGUAUACACUUACACGGAGAGCGACUUGGACGAUGAAUCGGCACCAGCAACACCACAACCCGCGUCCCGGGCGUCACUCGAACAAAGUCCCAAUCUUCAGCCUGAGUCGCGAGCUACACCGAAAAAAUACAAAAACCGCUCAAAGCAAGCGAAAACACCCGCAAUUGUUCCUCCUUCCGAUUCAUCAUCCCCGGAGCCCGAAGCCGCCGCGGAUACCAACCCGCCUCCCCCAACCAAAGAGCGUGGAAGGUCCAGACCGGGUCGUGGAAAGGGAGCUCAUCGCAAAUUCGAUAUCGUCUGUCCUUUGGAGGCUUGUAGUCGACACACGAAAGGCUUCUCGCGCACUUGGAAUCUCAAUCAGCAUAUGAAGAAGGCGCAUCCCACAUAUGCUCCUGUGAAUGAGCGAUCAAAUUCCCGAGGGGCUGCCAUCGGUGGGGAUGAGGACUUGAUUCAGGUAGAUUAG